CCAUUCCCAAAUUCCCUAAAUGACUUGGUAUAAAUACCUGAUUACGAAUCAUAGGACUCCUUAAACCCAACUUCAAAUUGCAACGUUUUCUGUGAGAUGAAGAGAGCAACCAUAGCUUCAGCUUUCUCCCCCAAGCCAUCUAAACGCUAUAGUGUUCGAUCUAUUAGCUUGCCGGCUAGAUCUCAUCCCAGCACACUCAAGGUCGAAGAAGAGCUGAACAAGCUUAAAUCUUGGGAGGCAUCAAGUUCUACUUCAUCGUCACCAUCAUCAUCAAAGGUAGAAACAACCAUAUGCCUUAAUGGUCUAUCCCUUCUAAGUGAGUUGUACAGAUGCAUAGAGGAUCUUCUUAAUUUGCCAUUGACCCAACAAGCUCUUGCCCAAAAUCAGCACCAGAAAUUUGUCAAUAACUUGUUGGAAAGCUGCUUGGGAUACUUGGAUUUAUGUGGCAACACCAGGGAUGCCAUUCUAUUAAUGCAGGCUUGCAUUCGAGAACUUCAAUCUGCACUUCGCAGAAGAAAGGUGGGAGAUCACUUGAGCAUUGAAAGCAUUUUCACUGCUUAUAGUUGCUCGAGAAGAAAGAUGAAAAAGGCGAUUGCAAACUCUCUAGCAUCCAACUUGAAGCCAUUAAUGGAUAAACAAUUCGAGGACUCUCCGAUGUUAGCUCUAGAUGAUCACCUCGCGGCCGUGGUUAGAGUGCUUAGCGAAACAAGUUUGACUACUGUUUCGAUCUUUCACUCCCUCUUUGUAUUACUUUCUUUGCCAGUGUUGAAACCAAAGCCUAGCAGGUGGCAAUUGGUUUCCAAACUGGUGCUGAAAGGUGAAGCAACACGUAAAGAGCAACCGGGCAUGAAUGAAUUGGAAAGCGCAGAUAUAGCACUAGGCAACCUCUUGUUGCACAAUUCAAGCGAAGAUAUGAUCAUCAAGGCACAAAAGAUUCAAUCUGCACAGAUUAGGUUGGAUGCCUUGGAUGUUGUCAUGGAAGGCAUUGAGAAAGGUUUGGAAUGCUUGUUCAGGCACUUGAUCAGAACAAGAGUCUUGCUCCUGAAUAUAAUUUCUCACUAGACCUCGUACUGAAAUUUGUUUCAUCCACAUGGGAUUUUCACAUGUAAUGUAAUGUAAUUAGAAUGUAUAGUAAAUUGUUUCCCAUCAUGUAAUGUAAUUAGAAUGUAUAGUAAAUUGUUCUGUGAAUGUACGAAACAUCAAACCUCACCCUGUAAUUGAUAGAAUUGAUCAGAACAUGAAUAUAAUAGAAUCAACCAGAAAUAUGAUUUCACCAAUUGCUCAU